ACUAGGCCACUAAAAUCCAUGUAGUGUUCAGUCUGUGAAAUGCAUGUCAUGCAGCUCUCUUGCUGUGUCUUGGUCUUACUGAUGCCUGGUCCGUGUCUUACUGCGCCCACAAUUUUGCCGGAGAGCGAGAGCUCUCCUUCUACAGAAGCACAGGUUGACUUGAAGCUGGCCACAGAAUACCUCCAGCAAUACUACAACCUCCAAAAGGACCCUAUGAUGCGCAUAAAGUGGAGCAGCCCUUCCUUUACCUCCAAGGUGAAAGAUAUGCAGAUAUUCUUUGGGCUCAAUGCAACAGGUAUGCUGGACUCAGUCACCCUGGAGAUGAUGAGGAGCGCCCGAUGUGGCGUGCCAGAUGUGGAGGACUACAGCCACAUCCAGCGGACACGAUGGAACAAGAAUGUCAUCACCUACAGCAUUGGCAGGUACACCAGAGAUUUGCCUCGCAACACUGUGGACGCUCUGAUUGAGUCAGCGUUCAGCGUUUGGGCCAGAGCCAGCAGUCUGACGUUUGUCAGGUCACACACCCUCAACGCUGACAUCAUGGUGGAGUUUGUGACCAACGAACAUGGUGACUUUUAUCCAUUUGAUGGACCCAGAGGCACACUGGCUCAUGCUUUCGGUCCAGGGCAGGGCAUUGGAGGGGACACGCACUUUGAUGACGAUGAACACUGGACAGCAGGAGGGACAGGUUUCAAUCUGUUUGUUGUAGCUGCACAUGAAUUUGGCCAUGCUUUGGGCCUUAAACACUCCAGGAACCGAGAGUCACUGAUGUACCCAACCUACAUAUCCUUCAGUUCAGCCAACCUGUUAUCCAUGGAAGAUGUAGCAAACAUCAAUGCCCUUUACAGUCCUGUCAGAGGUCCAAAUUUCUUUUCAAGGUUCAGCUGGAGCUCUCAGAACAACCCCUGGUUGCAGGACAAAUGUGCUUCAGACCUGACCUUUGAUGCUGUGUCCACCCUUGGGGAUGCAACGUUUUUUUUUAAAGAAAGAUACCUCUGGAUUAAACAUAAUGAGCAAUAUGACAUCAAAGAAGGUCCCAUAACCAACUUUAUGCCCAAGAUUGAGACCAGCAUUGAUGCGGCCUUCUGGGUGCCUCGCAGAUCCACUGCUUAUAUCAUUCAUGAAUCUAAGUUCUGGACAGUGAAAGGCUCUGUUGUGAAGGGAAAGCCUCGACUACUCAGCCACUUUGGAUUUCCAGCCUGGGUCCAGGACGUUGAUGCGGCAGUGCACAUAGUGAAAACAGGACGCACCCUUUUCUUUAUGCAUGACGCUUACUGGAGUUACAAUGAAAACCGAAGGGUUAUGGAUUUUGGUUACCCAAAGUACAUCAGCGAAGACUUUCCUGGAGUCAACACAACAAUAAAUGCAGCUGUUCAUAAAGAGGGUUUCAUCUACUUCUUUGUCGGACAACAAGUCUACAAAUACGACUACACCCAGAAAAAUGUUGUUGGAGUUGAGAAAGCUAAUUCCUGGCUUGGAUGUUGAAA